AUGGCUUCUUCUCCACGGAAAACAUCCAUAGAGGUGCUGCCUCCAGAAAUCUUACUUCCGAUCGUCACAAGCCUUCCUGGUCUCGAUACGCUUUGGGAUUUGCUGAGGGCAUCUCCCAACGCCUGGCGUUUCUUCAACAAGAAUGCACUUUUUAUUGUUGAAAACAUUCUCUCCGGCCCCAACGCGAUAUUGCCACCUGUGGUUGCAGAAGUGGUGCGCGCCGUUAUACUUGCGCGCUCAAAGGCACUCCCUUUCCAGAACCUACGUGACUUGCAGCGCCGAUUCUUAUUCAGGUUAUUUCCUUGUUUUCCAUCGAUCGGUCAAAGCAAGGAUAACCUGAUCAACAUUGGGCCUGAAGUCUUGUCAGCUGCAGCACCAUCUGUAUCGGUUCUUCGAUCCACGGUUGCAACAGCUUGCCAAAUCUCGACCCUCUCACAGGCAUGCUUGUCAUCUUAUCUUGAACGAUUAAGAGACCCCAGCUUCAGGCCGAUGCACUGCCUCGACCCCAAUAUGAAUUAUAGAGGUUCUCUUGGACUUGGAAACAAAUGGGUUCCAGUAUGGGAUCGUGUUUUUGAAUCUACACCUGCCAAGGUAGUUGAUGCCGGGCAGCCAAACUGGGUAGAAGAGAUGCGAGCUGUUCGUGCUCUAUGGGUCGUUCAGCUUGUGGGAGAAGUUCAACGACAGAUGGAUACUUUGGACUGGCCAGAAGAGGAUGUCGACAAGUUAAAAGGCAUGAGCCCGGCUGACAUGAUCGAUCAAAAUCAUUUUGAUGAAGCUCGUCAAAAAUCCGAAGAGGUCAAGUCUCUAAUGCACUACAUUGCUACGCUUGACGAGGCUAAACAAGACACAUACUACCGACUUCCCCCACCUCCGCCAUUCGUGAGAUGGACCACGGCAUCGCCCAGCCGAAAUGAGCGCUUCCGCAAGUUUAUUCGAUAUCGUAAGGAUGGAACACCACUCUCGAUUUCAUUUCCCACCGAUGACAACUUAUGGGGUCGGACUGAAGAGUGUCUGAAUCGAGAAGCUCCUGGAAUGUUUAUCUACAGAGAGCUUAAUAGCCCUUGGACUGACCAAAUCAGUGCAUCGCCAAUAAGAGGAGUGAAGUUUGGCUCGUUCCGCCGGCUCGGUUUCGCAUUCUGGGAAACGUGGAGGAUGCACCUGUUGGGUAUGCACAGAGAUUUGGAUCUCCGUAACGCGCCUUCCACUUCGUUCUAUAUGUUUGCUUGGGAAAGUAUCCUACCCAAUGAUGAGGUUGCGAAUCUGAAGGCUGAGUUGCGAGAAGAGCGACAUGUCGGUUUGCAGAGGUGUGAGCUAGAGCGGAAACAGAUUCAGGAGGAGGAUCAAAAUCUCGAGUAA